AUGCUACAUUCAGCUUCCAGACGACCGAGCGUCGCGCGAGAGCGGCCUUCCAAGGAGAAGCUAGGGCCAGGGGGGCCAGGAGGGCCAGGGGUGGCAAGCCCAGCGAAGAUCGAGAGUCGACCUCUCAGUGCGCAGCGGCCAAGCUUGACGUCUGAAGGACACCCAGCCCUAUGCUUGCGCCAAAGUCGGCCUCAGAGCGCACCAGGGAGGCGGCCCUCGUCGUCUUCCAGCGCUCUCGAUCUUCAGCAGGGGCGGUGGCGGCCCCGAGCAAGGCCGGAGGGAACCCCCAGCGUGCGCGCGAGCGCAGGGAGACUGUCCUUGCCGGUCCUCCUAAGUGUGGACACUGCGCGAGUGAAAAACCAGAAAAAGCGGAAGUCAAAGGAAAGCCAGGAGCCUCAUGUGCUGGAACAGCCAGCGGAGGAGCCGGAAGCCAGAGGCACGGACACGGGCCUGGCAGAAGCUCAAGAAAUACUGGAGCUGCUGAUGGAAGCCGAAGAUGCAGCCGAAGAGGCCGAAGAGGCCGAAGAGGCUGAAAGUCUUUGGAAAGAGCGGCGAGUGCAUCUCGCGCCUGACGCGCGCAACGCGCCGGCCGUGCCCGUCUUGGAUGAGCAGCAGCACAAGAGCCUUGCAACAGUGUGGAGCUCCGUGUGGCUGCGGAAGAACAAGUGCAACAAGUCUCUGAAGUCUCUGAAGUCUCUGAAGGGCGAGGGCUAUCUCGACGGAGCCUGGGCCGAGGGCUCCAAGGGAGUGCUGGCCCGACUCAGCUGCAAGAUGGCACCGAAAGCUGGACGCUGGAAACAUCCGGGCAAGGCUCUGCAAAUGGUGGUGGCCUCUAACGGGCUGGUUCCGGUUUGGCUUCCUGAGUCUGCGGAUGAGGAUGAGCUCAACGAGUCUCUGGAUCCAGUCACUGGCACAAUUUUUAAGCAUUGGUGCCACGCUCGCGAGAGCGAGAUACGCGUCGAUGAUUUGCCGAUGAUUUUGGCCGACUUUGGCAUUGAGGCGAAUCAGGACUGCUUGGAUCAGGCCUUGGCAGGAAACAUCUAUGCGACCCUCGACUGGCCGGACUUCGUGUCGGUGCUGAAGGACUACCGACGCCUGGAGCGCGCCGCCCACGCCAAGAUCUUGCGCGGUGUGGCGCCCGCGGAGGACGUGGAGCGCCUGCUGUGCAAGUUGGGCCAGCCCGCGGCUCUACAGGCCUUUGACGAGAGCCAGAAGAACGGCAGGAAGGACAGGACGAAGAACAUGGACCUUGCCGACUUUGAGGAUUUGCUGUGCCAGCUCCGGCUCAACGAAGGCUUCAGCCAGUCCGACCUCCGCGAAUUGAACGCCUUCUUCGAAGUCGAGAAGACUUCGGAGCACCGCAAGGAGCCAGUUGAUCGCUGCAGCCUGGACAAGGUCCAGCAGGUGAUGAUGCUCCGCGGCUUCCCCACGACACAGGAAGAGGUGAAUCGCAUGGCCGAGAAGCUCGGUGCUGACGGCGUGAACUUCCGGCAGAUGCUGCGCCUCAUUCGUUGCCUGAAGGAUUUAGAAAGGACGCAGAUGCUGGAGAUAAUCCAGACAUAUAGCGCGGAAAGGCGGAACGCCAUUGAGGUGACGGAUCUACCACUUGCCCUGGGCGGUCUUGGAUAUUAUCCGGAUGAGGAUGCCAUCAACGAGCACCUGGAGGCUAUCGGUGCGCGCGAGUGCGUGUCUCUGACGCCAGAAGAGCUGGCUUUGUUUCUCCAGAAGUACAGGCAGGCGUCAGGCUUCACGCGGGAGCAGUACAAGAACUUGGGCCAGUCCUUCAUGAGUGCGGACAAAACGAAGCGUGGCCAACUCAACGCCUUGGAGCUCACAGAGGUGCUGCGCCGAGCUGGCUUCCAUGUCACGAUGCAGGACGUGUUGCAGGCUUUGUUCCACUUCGACCUGGAAGGGAAUGGGCUGCUUUCCUUGCCUGAAGCCUUGACGCUGGUUCGAGGACUGCUGGCGAAAGAAGCCGAGACGCGGCGCAAUGCCUUCCUGGCGGCCUGCCGAGCCCAGAAAUUGCCAGCCAGGGACCUCGCGGCCACCAUGGCACGUGUGCGAGGUUACCAACCCGACAAGACCGUGCUGGGUGGGAUGCUGAAGCUUCUGGGCUUGCACUCCAUGGGCUUGUGCUUCACUUCAUUUGAGCACGUUUGCAAGCUGAUGCGGGGAAGCGACACUAAGUUCAUGCAGAGCCAUUCGGGCUAUACGCCGGAGCAAGUUGCCGAGCUGAAAGUGCAUUUUAAGACAUACGAUCCAGAUGACAAAGGCUUCGUAGCUGGAGCCAAGUUGCCACAGCUCUUCCUGGAUGCCUUUCCUACUUAUUCCACGUGCUCACGCAAGCAGACCAUCACGAAGCAAUACAUCGAGGAGGUCAAUGAGAAGUGGGCAGGUUCCUGGACCUUUGAAGCCUUCCUGGGCUUUGUGCGCAUGGCCGAAGACGAGGUUUGCCGCCAAGAUCUCGAUGAAGAGGAGCAGCUGGUGAAGGAGAUGGGCCUCAGCACUGACGAGCGCAGAGGCUUCCGCGAUGUCUUCGUCAGGAAGGCAUACCACAACUGUGCCGUCAGCAGCGAUGAUAUUCUGGACAUGUUCGACUUCGCCGCAGCAGACUUCAGCCAGGAGCAACGGUGCCGAUUUCAACACAUCUUGGAGGAGCUUGACCGACAUUACUACGGCAGGGCCCUGCGCUUUCCAGACUUCUUGAGGUUGAUGAAGCGACUCACAGAGAAGCAGACCGAGGAGCACCUGGGCGUCGUGCGUGCUUCCCUGCGCUUAAAGCGCCAGGAGGACGAAGCUGAAGCUUGGGAGCGCUUGCGCCGAGCCCCGAGGCGGGGGAUGUCGCGUGCUGGUUCCUUGUUCUUCAAAACUGAGCUGGACAUCCAAAGGAUCAAAAGCAGUUCAGAGACAAAGUCCGAGAAAUGA